CUGCUGCUCUGCGCCCCCACCGGCGCGGGGAAGACCAACGUGGCGCUGAUGUGCAUGCUGAGGGAGAUCGGGAAGCACAUCAACAUGGACGGCACCAUCAACGUGGACGAGUUCAAGAUCAUCUACAUCGCCCCCAUGAGGUCCCUGGUGCAGGAGAUGGUCGGGAGCUUCAGCAAGCGUUUGGCCACCUACGGGAUCACGGUGGCCGAGCUGACCGGGGACCACCAGCUGUGCAAGGAGGAGAUCAGCGCCACGCAGAUCAUCGUGUGCACGCCCGAGAAGUGGGACAUCAUCACCCGCAAGGGCGGCGAGCGCACCUACACCCAGCUGGUGCGGCUGCUCAUCCUGGUGAGCGCUGGAGAGGACACCCGGGGGCUCCUCAAGGGUUCCUCCAGGUGGAGAUGGGCUUUGGGGGUGGAGAACCUCAAGGUGGGGGUGGAGAACCUCAAGGUGGACCUGGGCUUUGGGGCUCCUCAGAGGGUUCCUCAAGGUGGAGCUGGGCUUUGGGUGGAGAAGCUCAGGAGGUUCCUCGAGGGGUUCCUCAAGGUGGAUCUGGGGUUUGGGGGUGGAGAACCUCAGGAGGUUCCUCAAAGUGGAUCUGGGGUCUGGAGGUGA